UCGUCAAAUUUAUUAUCAUCAAACUCAUUUGGAACGUCUCCACAAAAACAAUAAUAAGUCGUCGUUGAAAAGUUCUCAAGCUAAUUUGUAAAGCAUUACAUUGCAGAAAAAAAAAUUAAAAUGAAUUUCAAUAAAGUCUUCAUCUUCUUGGCCGUUCUGAUCGCCAUCUUUGCAGGACAAACAGAAGCGGGUUGGCUAAAAAAGAUCGGCAAGAAAAUCGAACGCGUUGGUCAACACACAAGGGAUGCCACCAUUCAGGGACUUGGCGUGGCGCAGCAGGCUGCCAACGUUGCCGCAACUGCCCGGGGUUAAAAAUAACAUUCCCUUCACCAUUCAUAGAUAUAUAUUUUUAUCAUUGACUCGCAAAAAGAGACAGCUGUUUAGUUCCUAGUUAUUUAUUUUAUCAUAAUUUGUGCAUUUAAGAAAAUAAAUAAAAUCAAUUUCAAAUUACCGGAA